UUCACAUCAGUUUCCUGGGUUGCUGGCAUUUAAAUCCUGCUGGAAGAGGCUGAUUUGGGGUUUUUCGGGCCGGUUUCUUAAGGAAAAUUAGUGCAGCUGCAGAGGAAACGUCUUUUUGUCCCCAAAAUAAUUCAGAUUUGGGUGCAAGCGUUACUAGAUUGCUAUUUUUUGUUUAUCCGAGAUCAGCUGGAAGCAGAGGGUAAAAUCAGGGUUAAAUUAUAUUAUUUUGGGAUUUUUAAUGAAUUUAGCUUUCCAACUUUCUUAAUUUUGAAAUACUUCCUUGCCAUAGCAGCGGUGUGUCUGGGGGGAUUAUUGAAGUCCUGAUAAUCCCAUUAUUCUUCAUUUCUAGGUGUUUUAGGUAGGCAGCCGGUAGCGCGUUAGCCAUGUUUAGCUGGCUGGGUACAGAUGAUCGACGGAGGAAAGAUCCGGAGGUUUUCCAGACGGUCAGCGAUGGGCUGAAGAAAUUAUACAAAACGAAGCUUCUCCCCCUGGAAGAAUAUUACAAAUUCCACGAGUUCCACUCGCCCGCCCUGGAAGACGCUGAUUUCGAUAAUAAACCCAUGAUCCUGCUGGUGGGGCAGUAUUCUACCGGGAAAACUACCUUCAUCAGGUAUCUCCUGGAACAGGAAUUCCCGGGCAUGAGGAUCGGCCCUGAGCCCACCACGGACUCCUUCAUUGCAGUGAUGCAGGGCGAUGUGGAGGGGGUCAUCCCUGGAAACGCCCUCGUGGUGGAUCCCAAGAAACCUUUCCGGAAACUGAAUGCUUUUGGAAAUGCGUUCCUAAACAGGUUUGUCUGUGCUCAGCUUCCUAACCCGGUACUCGAGAGCAUCAGCGUCAUCGACACCCCUGGGAUCCUUUCCGGGGAGAAACAGAGGAUAAGUCGAGAGAAAGAAGAGAGCGGUUCUAGUACCCGCCAUCGAUGUGCAUAUGGAGGCUAUGACUUUGCUGCCGUCUUGGAGUGGUUUGCCGAGAGAGUCGACCGCAUCAUUCUGCUGUUUGACGCACACAAGCUGGAUAUAUCCGACGAGUUCUCCGAAGUCAUCAAAGCUCUUAAAAACCACGAAGACAAAAUGCGCGUGGUGCUCAACAAAGCCGACCAGAUCGAGACCCAGCAGUUAAUGAGGGUUUAUGGUGCCCUCAUGUGGUCUCUGGGAAAGAUCGUUAACACACCCGAGGUGAUCAGAGUCUACAUCGGAUCCUUCUGGUCUCACCCGCUUCUCAUCCCGGACAAUCGCAAACUGUUUGAGGCCGAAGAGCAAGACCUCUUUAGGGAUAUUCAAAGCCUGCCACGCAACGCAGCGCUGAGGAAACUCAAUGACUUGAUCAAGAGGGCGCGAUUAGCAAAGGUCCAUGCGUAUAUUAUCAGCUCUCUGAAGAAGGAGAUGCCCUCGGUGUUUGGGAAGGACAACAAGAAGAAGGAGCUGAUUGCCAGCCUUGGGGAGAUUUAUGCCCGGAUCGAACGCGAACACCAGAUCUCCCCAGGCGACUUCCCCAGCUUAAAGAAGAUGCAGGACCUUUUGCAGUCACAAGAUUUUAACAAGUUCCAGCCAAUCAAGAGUAAACUCUUGGAGACCGUGGAUGAAAUGCUGGCUCAUGACAUCGCCCAUCUGAUGGUUCUGGUUAGACAGGAGGAGACUCAAAAACCAGUUCAGAUGGUCAAAGGUGGAGCCUUCGAGGGAACCCAGAAUGGUCCCUUUGGACACGGAUAUGGGGAAGGUGCAGGUGAAGGUAUUGACGAUGCAGACUGGGUGGUGUCCAGGGAUAAGCCCAUGUAUGAUGAGAUCUUCUACACGCUAUCGCCUGUCAACGGCAAAGUCACCGGUGCCAAUGCCAAGAGAGAGAUGGUAAAGUCCAAGCUGCCCAACACGGUCCUAGGCAAGAUAUGGAAACUUGCGGACAUAGACAAGGACGGAUUGCUGGACGAUGAGGAGUUUGCGUUGGCCAACCAUCUUAUCAAGGUCAAACUUGAAGGUCACGAGUUACCGAAUGACCUUCCGUGUCAUCUCCUGCCGCCAUCAAAAAGAAAAGUCGUCGAGUAACGGAAGAGGAAGAAGCGGUUUCAUGAUCUAAUGAAGUCUCUGAGACACAUGUUUACUUAAGUUAUACAUAUAAUGUGAAUUAAGUCUGCUGUGGCAUAUUGAGUUAGUCCAUACUGAUAUUAUUAAAAUGCUAAAACUAAUCUUAACAACUUAACAAGAAGUUAUUCUUCAAAACCUUAUCAAAAGGUUAAUUGGUAAGUGUUUUCAAGCUUCCAAUAUACAGUAUAUAAAUAUAUAUAUAUUAGAACGGGAACAACUUCUGACGCAGAGAAUAUAAGACGUUCCAUUUCUUUCCGUAGCGACGUAUUACGCGUCAGAUAUUUUUAUGCUUUCUUAAUACCUCAUCGUAUCGUCCUCCCGAUGUGUUAAUGCAAACAAGCAUGGAGUAUUAGAUUUUAAUCCAAGUAAUUUAUAACCUGUGUUUUGUCUAAUUGGAGUCCUAAAGCAUCACAUGAUCAACAAUUAACAAAACACCCUUUAAAAUAAAAAAAAAAAAAAAACUUUUAGAAAAUUAAACUAGUGUUUAUUCUGACCGUGGCCUCUGGUAUUCGUUGAGGACCCCCUAAACUUGAACCUUAUGUAUUCUACUGGUUCCAAAUGCUACCUUUUCAUAGCUCAUAAAAUUGGUUGAAUAUGUAGGUGUGUUUUAAAAAAAAUAAAUAAAAAAUUACCAAUUUUAGAAAUGUUCUUAUCUAGGAGCUGCCAUAUGGAAUAUUUAACACACAUAUAUAAUGCUCCAUUAUCCACCCCAUCAGAAUUGCUCCUGCCCUUGGAGGAAGGUGUACGGAGAAUAAGACGUGUGAUAUAUUACGUAGAAUUUUAUGCAUAACGUAGAAAUAAAAAAAAGCAAAUAAUUCCAAAAGUGUUACACUGAUUUACGUAAAGCACAAAUGUAUUUUAAGAAAUACAUUUUCUGAUGCUUAUGUACCUUUAAAUGUGACAGGUCCACUUUAAAACGAAAGUAUAUGAUAUAAUGUUAUACUUUAUAGUAUUUGUGGGGUUUUUUUUCUUUAUUUUUGGAGAAAAGAAAUGGAAUUUGUUUUUGUUUGCAAAUUUUGCAGAGAUUGGAAACGUAUGUGGACGUUGUGGGGGAGGGGCGCAUGGUGUAUGCAGAAAUUGGUAUAUGUAAGAACAGAAUCCUGUAUGGUUGGCUUUAGAUACCCGCGUUGUUAACAUUCCGGAAGCCGCUAUUCUGUAUUUGCGGGUUAUACGUUUAUUGUUAAGGUCUGUAAUUGGCGGUUUACCGGACAGCCAUUCCCUAAUGGGGCGGAUCCACGCCGAGAUGAUAUGCAAGUGGUAGUUUCAUUUUUCUUUUACUGCUUAUAUAUAACUUAUUUUUAAAUAUAUUGUUUGAAAUGAUUUACAUUGUGUGAUUUCUAUUAUACAGCAGUCAUAUAUUAACAUUUUUAUUUUAUUAAAUACCUCUUCUAAAUGUAAUACAA